CCAAAUUUUCCUCGUACAAAUUUACGUCCACCCAUGUUGAUGUCUAGCGAGGUGGCCUGCGAGUCGUUUGGAAGCUUCUCUGGUUUGCAAAGAUAUGGCGAAAGAGUUAUCAAAGCAUGCCAUGGAAACAGUGGCUAAGAGGGCACCUCUCACUGCACAGAGGAAAGUCAGGAGUGAUCUUGAUAUUAAGCUUCCAAAACCCUACUUGGCUCGAGCCAUGGCUGCACCUGAUGUGGAUAAUGUGAAUGGAACAUGGGGCCACAAGCAUUGUGACAUGUCUGUGCUUCAGCAGCAUGCUGCCUUCUUCGACCAGAAUGGUGAUGGUAUAAUCUACCCUUGGGAGACACUAAGAGGAUUUCGUGCUAUUGGUUUCAAUCUGAUUGCCGCUUUCAUCUUCACUAUCAUUGUUCAUGUGACUAUGAGCUAUCCUACUCUUCCUACAUGGAUACCCUCACCUUUCUUCCCAAUAUACAUACUAAACAUACAUAAGGCAAGGCAUGGAAGUGAUUCAGGAACCUAUGAUACAGAGGGAAGGUUCAUUCCAGCAAAUAUGGAGAAUAUAUUCAGCAAAUAUGCUUGCACAGUGCCUGAUAAGCUCUCAUUGAGGGAGCUGUGGUGCAUGACUGAGGCAAAUCGCAGUGCAUUUGAUUUCUAUGGCUGGAUUGCAAGCAAGUUUGAAUGGGGUGUUCUGUACAUCCUUGCAAAAGAUGAAAAAGGAUUCUUAUCAAAGGAAGCUGUGAGACGAUGUUUUGAUGGAAGCUUAUUUGAAUAUUGCGCCAAGAUGCAAAAGGAUGCGGCUUAUUAGAUGAGAUGAUGCUUCAAGAGAGCUUAUAGUCAGAAGACAAAGCCCUACAUAUAAUUGCUAAAGUAGCAAUUAUCUUAAUCUAUGAUAUGAAUUAGUAGCUUUGAAGGGUUGAAAGCUUUGUCUACAAUACACAUCUAAAUUUUACAUGCAGUUCUUUUCUUGAUGAAGGUGAGAUAUGUUAUCAUAUUUUUCUUUGUUAUUAUAAUGAAAUA